AUGUCCGCAAACCCUGGCAACGCCUUGAAGGCCCUUUCGCCAACCCCGCCUGAACGCGGCUCGUUCCCUUUGGAUCAUGACGGCGAGUGUACGAAACAGAUGCAGGAAUACCUACGGUGUAUCAAACUUGUGAAAGGUGAGAAUGCCCCAAAUUGUAGGUUGCUGGCGAAGGAGUACCUGAACUGUCGAAUGAACCACCAGUUGAUGGACAGGGAUGAAUGGAAAAACCUGGGACUGCCGGACGACGCCAAGGUGCAGCCUAACGGCAAAUGA